AUGCAAACGCUAGAGCAGUACAUUGAUGAGGGAAGGGAAAGUCUGACCCAAAUUACGAAGUUCGACUACUCUGGCCGCGAUCCUGACGACGAGCCGCCAUUGGUGUCGGUACCUCCCAGUGAACAAGGAGACGAGGAGUCAGACCGGCAGCGAGAGGACAUCAGUGACGAUGAAAGACAGCAAUCGGUAACUCCGCCAGUGACCUCUUCAAUACCCCAAGAGCGAAAGCGUGCAUCCGAGAAUAGACGAAGCAUCGACCACAGACCACUGAGGCGUGGAGACAAAGCAGAACCAGAGGACGCGGCAGCGCAACACAGCAUGGUCGCUCUUAUCCGCCAGUCUACCCACGAUGGAGAUUUUGUGCGCAGACCAGUCUCGACACAUUAUAACAGGGAGAAAUCGCCCGAGAUCACUUGUCGAGAGCUGUCGCUGAAUGACCCAUGUCCACGAUCUCCAAUCAAGCGAGAGAAUGUUUCGACUCCUACUCCGGUUGAGGCCGUGAGUGUGAAGAAGGCAAGAUACGACACAGAGCCUCCUUCGUCCAAAGGCGUCAAAGCGCUCCUACUCAAUAAAGUCGACACACUGAAAGGCAAAGUGCCUAAACAAAAGGUCGGAUCGCCAGAAAAAGCGAGAAUGCUUGCGAUCAGAGACGCUACGCCUGCGGCUCUUCAGCACGACACAAUCGCGCAGUCCCCCAUACUGUCCCAAUUCGCCAUUGACAGUCGAUACAUGCCACCAGAUGCCAGGAUUCCAACUCUGAACAACGCAUCAACGCCUCAAUCCAUCGGCUCCCCUGGGUCUGAUCAAACGUUACCUUCGCUCACAAUAGCCCUGGGCGUUGACUCAAUGUCAGCUGCCUCAAGUCCGUCACCAUACUCAGCAUUAUCACGAACAAGCUCAGCGCAAUUCGGACCGCCCUUAACCGUGGUGCAUAGCCUCCCAACGAUUUUGUCGAAUGUGAUGUCGCCACCAAAUUAUGCCGCAGGCCCUAAUUUGACAUCAUUCAUCACAAAUCGCGGUCGAACAGACUCGGUGUCCACAGACACUACGUCUGCUUCGACACCAACAUUGUCAUGGUCACCGGCGUACUCGCCUGGAACAUCAGUGCCAACACCUCACAGCAAUCCCUCACCUCCACAGAGUCAGCAUGUCCAACAGUUGCCAUCAAUAUCGCACCUGACAAGCUACGCCCCACCACUGCACACACAGUCGCCCAACAGCACACCGAUAGCCACACCACGCAGUAAGGAUGUCCCAGAGCUAGCGCCAGUACCCGCAGAUCGGCAUUCGGCCCACGACCAACAACGACCGUCUUCGCCUGCAGGAGCGACCAACGCCAAUGCCCCUGCUCCGGCGGCUCAAAUCCUCCACACCUGCCCCCAUCCACACUGCACAUCCGCUCCCUUCGCGACCCAGUAUCUCCUCAACUCACACCUUAACGUUCACUCCGAAUCCCGACCGCACUUCUGUUCAGUCAGAGGCUGCGCGCGCGGUCCCGGCGGCCAAGGCUUUAAGCGCAAGAACGAGAUGAUUCGACAUGGUCUCGUCCAUACUUCGCCUGGCUAUACAUGUCCGUUCUGUCCGACGAACGGGCCGAUGCACAAGUAUCCGAGGCCGGAUAAUUUGCAAAGGCAUGUCAGGGUACAUCAUAAAGAGGUUGAAGCUGGAGAUGGGAGGCUGAGGAGGGUGCUGGGACAGGCUAGAGGUUCUGGUGGUGCUGGAGGUAAUGAAACUGGGGACGGUGAGCCCUUCGAUGUUCGUGCUGGUGGUCGAGGGGAGACCUGGCUGCAGCAGGAUCAAUCGCCAAAGAAGGGACGGCCGCGGAGAGAGAGUUGA